AUUGUUGUGAUUUUGACAUUAAAUUAAAAAUGUCAGAAAUGUAUUUAAGAAUAUCUUUCAAUUACAUUUAAUGAAGUUUAAAUUAGAAAAUUACGACAUUUCAUAAUUGUAUUAACAAUGGAAUCUGACGAUACGGUCGUUCUCCUGAAAGCCGAAGUGGAGAGGUUAACAAGAGAACUUGACCAAGCAAGUAGUCAAAAAGUGCAAUCUGCUCAGUAUGGCUUGGUGUUAUUAGACGAAAAACGAAAUUUACAACAAAGAUGUGACGAUUUGGAAAUUUUAUACGAAAACACAAAACACGAGUUGCAUAUAACGCAGGAGGCUCUUGCCAAGUUUCAGUCUAGUCACAGGGUAACGACUAAAACAGGUAUAGAAACGGAGGAAUCGUUAUUGUCAGAGUCGGCAGCUAUAGAAACUUCGUUAAACUCUCAAAUUAUAGACUUAGAAAAUGAAUCUAAGCAAUUAAGGCACGAGCUAGAACGAGUUACCACAGAAAGGGAUCGGAUGCUGCAAGAAAAUUCGGAUAUAGGCAAAGACAAGGAGGACAAAAACAUGGAAUGUAAGAAGCUCAGGACUGAGUUACGUGAAAUUAAGUUCAGGGAGACACGGUUAAUUGCCGAUUAUUCCGAGUUGGAAGAAGAAAACAUCACUUUACAAAAGCAGAUUUCGGUGUUGCGUAGUUCACAAGUGGACUUUGAAAGCUUAAAACUGGAAGCAAGAAGAUUGCAGGAGGAGGUGGAACUUUUACAUUCUCAGGUUGAAGAAUUUUCAAACCUGAAAAAAAUUGCGGAAAAGCACUUGGAAGAAGCCUUGGAAUCGCUGCAGUCGGAACGAGAAGCCAAAUACGCCUUGAAAAAAGAGUUAGACCAACACAUAAAUCGCGAAUCGCUGUACAACAUCAGUAAUUUGGCUUAUAGCAUUCGAGGCAUGGCUGGUGACCAAACGAUUGGUAGCGACGGAGAAGAUGACAUUCCAGGUUUGAAGCGAAUUGAAGCUAGCUUAACAGAUGGUGCCGUGCCUGAACUGACCUCGCCAGAUGAUAAACACGUUGAUCUCUUUUCGGAGGUGCAUUUAAAUGAGCUUCGCAAGUUAGAGAAACAAUUAGAACAAUUGGAGAAAGAAAAAAUUAGUCUAACUCAAAAUUUAAGAGAUAGUCAAUCGUUAGUUGAACGUAGCCAAAGUGAAUUACAGGUAUUUCUAGCUAGGUUAUCACAAUUAUCGGCACACGUUGACUCCCUUGAAUACUUGUCACAGAAUAUUGACAAAAAAAUUAUGAGUCCGCCCGAGCACGCCGCUGUGGUCGAACAAUAUCAAAAGUGGUUUAAAUUAUCAUGCAAGGAAAUUGAUCAACUGAAGUGCGAUUUGAAGGAGUUGGAGAAGUUGAGUAGUUGUUCUGAUGCGACCUUGCAGUUGAGGAACGAAAUUACCAACAUUAAAAAUAAGUUGUUUGAUGCCGAACAGAAAAGUAUGGAUUUGGAAAACGAUGUGCUAUUGUUGAAGGAAUUUGCCGGAGAAGCCGGAACUUCCAUAGAGGAUGCUUUAAAUAAUCUACAGCUGGUUACUGAAGAAAUGGCUCAAGUUUAUCACCAUGUGUGCACUGUGAACGGUCAAGUACCAGAUCGUAUUAUAUUGGAGCAUGAAAAACAAGACGGUAUGCCUAUAAAAGGUGCCGAUUCCCAACAACCCGAAUGUCUAAUUUCCAAAUUGGAUUUAUUAAGAAAUCGCUUGAAGACGGAUAUUUCUGUGAACGACUUGGAGAGCUUCCAUGAUGCUACCAUAAUUGUUAAGCAUGUGGGAACAUUAAUGGAUCAAGUAAAGCAUCUUCGCACUGCAAUCGAGAACACCAUCGAAUUGUCGAAGAUUAAGGGACAAAAGACUGAUGCCAACUAUAACUCAACCAGAGAUGAAAGCAGUGAAACUGAAAUAGCGGAACUUCAAGAGCAAGUAAUACGACUGAAGAGUCUACUGUCAACAAAGAGAGAGCAGAUAGCGACACUCCGUACAGUAUUGAAAUCGAACAAAAAUACUGCUGAGGUUGCUUUGAAUAAUCUAAAGGCGAAGUAUGAAAAUGAGAAGACUAUCGUAUCGGAAACCAUGAUGAAAUUGCGUAACGAGUUACGAUUGUUAAAGGAGGAUGCUGCCACGUUCUCAAGUUUGCGCGCCAUGUUUGCCGCACGCUGCGAGGAAUAUGUCACUCAAGUGGACGAACUUCAACAACAACUAACCGCCGCGGAAGAAGAGAAGAAGACCUUGAAUCAGCUAUUGAGACUUGCCGUACAACAAAAACUCGCGCUUACACAAAGGUUAGAAGAACUGGAAGUUGACCGAGAGAUACGCAACGCCAGACGUCCGGGAAUACGCACCUACCAACGUCCAGGCCGAUCGAAUCGUGACAUGUUUUAGCCCAGAUCAAGAGCUGCAGUGUACAUUGUAGCGCUCGUUACUACAUUUUUCAAGUUAUGAAAUUUUCUCUAUCGUUUAUACUUACUCGGUAAGUUAACCGAAUUACUUACACGUCGUAUGACAAAUCAGAUAACGAUGGUAAGGUUACUAAUCCUGAUGAAACUAAUUUUUUAUAUUCAGACGACCAGUAACUUGUGAUUUCUAAGUUAGAAAGAUAAUGUUAAUUGGCGACUUUCAUACUACUUAUUUUUACUUAUUUUAUCUACAUGUAAUAAGUAUUGGAUUUUUAUACUUCCAUGACAAGGCAUUUGUACUUGCGUCAGUAUGGCAUUUAUUUAUUGUGUGUAUUUUAUUGUGCUAAAUGUAACUGAAGGAUGUGUGCAUUAUGGUUCAAUUUGACAGUAUUAGAUUGGAACGAAUAACGGUUGAUUUGUAUUACAAUUUUUGUCGCUUAGACGGUGAUGGGGCAAAAUUUACUUGGAGGCUUUGUUUUAUGAAAUAAUAAUUAACAAUAUAUCAAAGAGGCGUCCAAAUAAAAAAAAUAAUCUUAAUAUAUCAAUUUGUAACGAAUCAAUUCCGGGUGUACAGUUGUGUAACGAAAUGGUACAUGAUUGUGACUAGUUUAGCGUGAAUAUUUUUUGAUAAUUGUAUAAACCGGUUGGAGAGUUUUAAAUUAAGGUACACUUUGAAACAUAAACAAUAUUUCUUGCUGCCAAACUGCCUUUCUAUAUCAAAUGUGGCGUGUACCACAAAGGUGGCCCGA